GCGGCCGCGGCGGAGCCGCCGGGCGGGAGGGCUGAAGGUUUUGAAGCAGAUGUUGGAAGAUGUUAGCUGUGGAUACUGGGGUUGUGGAGGAGUGGUUAUCAGAGUUCAAGACACUGCCAGAAGCAUCCAUAUCCAGCUAUGCUACCAGCUUGAAAGACAAGACUGCUUUGAUUUCAUCUCUUUACAAAGUAAUUCAGGAGCCACAGAGUGAACUUCUGGAGCCAGUUUGCCACCAGCUCUUUGAGUUCUACCGCAGCGGUGAGGAGCAAUUGCUGCGCUUUACGCUGCAGUUCCUGCCAGAAUUGAUGUGGUGCUAUCUUGCUGUCUCAGCCAGCAGGGAUUUGCAGAGCAGUGGAUGCAUAGAGGCUCUUCUCCUAGGAGUUUAUAACUUGGAGAUAGUUGACAAAGAGGGACAUAACAAAGUGCUGAGUUUCACAAUUCCUUCUUUGUCCAAACCUUCUGUCUAUCAUGAACCUUCUAGCAUUGGCUCCAUGGCUCUCACUGAAGGAGCUUUGUCACAGCAUGGUUUGUCCAGGGUUGUGUACAGUGGACCUCAUCCUCAGAGGGAGAUGCUGACAGCCCAGAACAGGUUUGAAGUGCUGACUUUCCUUCUGCUCUGUUACAAUGCUGCCUUAAGCUACAUGCCUGCAAUGUCUCUCCAGUCAUUGUGUCAAAUUUCUUCAAGAAUUUGUGUCUGUGGAUAUCCUCGCCAACAAGUGAGAAAGUACAAGGGAGUCAACAGUAGGAUUCCAGUUUCAUCUGAAUUCAUGGUCCAAAUGCUAACAGGGAUCUAUUAUGCCUUUUAUAAUGGAGAAUGGGAUCUGGCUCGAAAAGCAAUGGAUGAUGUUUUGUAUAGAGCACAGCUUGAGCUGUAUCCAGAACCUCUGCUGGUUGCUAAUGCAAUAAAAGCUUCAUUGCCUCAGGGUGCCAUGAAAUCUAGUAAAGAAGGUACAAGAUGCAUUCAGGUUGAGAUAACACCUACUUCAUCCAGAAUAUCAAGGAAUGCUGUGACUAGCAUGUCUAUAAGAGGGCAUAGAUGGAAAAGGCGUGAUAAUUCUGACUUAGCAAUUGAAGAAGAACUGAUAGAAGUAUCUGAAACCGAUGAAGGGUUUUACUCUAGGGCUACUUCUGGAACAAGUCAGUCUGCCCUGUCUAACAGCAGCACCAUGAGCAGCAAGAGCCUCUUAGGGAAGAGCCUACGAAGGUCUGGAGGAAGCAAAUCUGGAGGAAAAGAAAAAGAAGGGGAAACCUGCAGAGAGCAUUUGUCACGGAAACAAACUCAGAGAGCCAUGAGUGAGAAUCUAGAGCUUGUCUCUCUGAAGAGACUGACACUGACAACCAGUCAGUCCCUGCCUAAGCCUGGCAGCCACAGCCUGGCCAGAACGACCACCACUGUGUUUAGUAAAUCCUUUGAACAGGUCAGUGGUGUCCCAGUUCCAAAUAAUCGUGGUGGUGUCUCUGGUACAGAGGCAAACAGGUAUUCAGCUUGCAGUCUUCAGGAGGAAAAAUUGAUAUAUGGAACAGAAAGGACAGAUCUUCCUAUUUUAAGCAAACAACCUAAUCAGCAGCGACCUCCCAGUAUUAGCAUAACUUUGUCAACAGAUUGACAUUAAAUUGGCCAGUAUAAAAGAGAAAUUACUGAGACUUUAUCCUGAUAUUGGUACAUUAAGGUCUUAACAUGCCUUACGUUACUUCCUUAAGUCUCAAAUCCAAGUAAAUUCUUACUUGGCUCAUGUUUGACAGUAAUAGUGAAUAGAAAACAGUUAUAAUUAUUUUGAGUCAGCUUCUGAUAUCUUUACAACUUCAUGGAAAGUUUAUACCUUCACCAGCUGAACAAGUGUUAAUUGGUUGGGUGUCACUUGCCAAGGUGUGUGGAUUCUUACAGAUGUACAAUGUGGGAACAAAUAGAGUGUCUCUCCCAGAUUCUGCUUUUUGUCUUCCACUUGGCAUAGGCAAAACUACAAGUACUUAGGGAUUUUUUAGAAGGAGUCUUGCAGUAUUGUCAUGCAAUUUUGGAAGAGCAUUGUAAGAACAGACAUUUUCUUACAUGUGAGCUGUGCUUACAUGUAAAUAUAAACUAGAAGCAUCACUUCAUUGUUUGGUGUUCUGGUGGCUUUUGCAUUGGUAGUUAGUACAUGUAGCAAUGUUCAUACUUCUUUAUGCCUGUAUAAGUCCAAUUUUAGAUGCAUUUUGGUUUAUCUGUAUGUCUUGAAACUGGGCCUAAAGUAAUACAGUAGCAGAGCUUGUGGCUGGGAAUUAUUAUCAAUUGCUGUAGUAGUCACUCCUAAAAAUUAUGUGACAGAUGCUUUCUUUAGGAUUCUUAAAUAUCAGUUCCAAAACUACUCACUGAAAAGCCAGUCAUCAGUAUUUUUAUUGUCUGUGGGGAAGAGAUGUGCUUGUGUACCAAUGUUAUGUAGAAAGAUGAGCCCUUUGCACUGCUGCAAGCAAAUCAGGAGUGUGAAUGUGCUUAACAGGAAUCUCGUGCUUGAGAAUAAGAGAAUACUACCAAAGGAUGUGUACUUUCAGUAACUUGCAAGCACAAAUGGGAACUAUAAUGUAAAUAUUAGUAGCACUGUAAUUCCUAAGGUUUUUUAUAGCUAUUAUUUUUCUAGUUUGACAUUCUAAACCAGCAACCUAUUCAAGGUUUUACCUAACCUUUAGCCUUCAGUGAGUUUGACAACAACUUUUAUAAUGUUAAGAUUUUAAUUAAAAAUGGAUAUUAAAACUUCUUAUGCAGAAAUCUGAAGAAGCAGCUGCUGACAAAGCCACUCCAGUAGCAGUUAUUAGCUGAUGAACAGACAAUUUAUUAUAAUGAGUGGAGAAGUAGGAUGAAGAUCUAAGGCAUAGUUGCUCCCAACUGUCCAGAUUUCUGCAGCUCUUAAUCCAUUAUUGUCAAGACCAUUGUAAAAAAACAAACACUAAAAUUCUGGUAGACUUACCCAUUUGCUUGGAGAGAAGUAUAGAUACUUUUGACUUAAACUGAAGCACAAGUAACUUUUAAACAGCUAAUGUUAUUCAGGUUUAUAGCAAUUAAUAAGUUUAUUAAUUAAUGAAAAGAGUAAGUUUUAUAAUUGUACUAAUAAGACAACAGACUGGAUUUGUACAUUCCUGAGAAUGCACCAAAGUAUGCAGAAUAGCCCCAUCAGUCUGUAGGUGUUCAUAUUUACCCAAGAGCCUGAAUUUAAAGGAGUAUGCCACAAUUUCUCAUUCUUCAUUUUGUUUUGUGACACCAUUCUAUUCUAGUAAUGCAGUACUUCACCUUUUUACAGUGAAGUGUUUUCCUAAUUUUACAUAAAAACUUAUAUUCCUAAUGGAUCAUCUACAAAUUUGCCCUGUUUAUUUUUUAAUACUGACUAGUGAGAAAAACUGGUUCUUUGAGAUUGUUUUUGUAAAUACUUUCUACAGCAGAAAAUUUAGCCUCUUUUUUAUAGGCUUUUCUGCAAUACAUAUUAGGACAUUUGUUACACAUUGACUAAUGCAUGUGGCUGCUGGACAUGCAUAACCACCAGCAGCAGCAGGGUGUUAGCAGCUGAUAGUUGGCAUUGGUUGUGUUUACACACAGUGAAUGUAGAGCUCUUCCUUCCCUUGAAAUUUGAUCUACAUGUUGCAGAGAAAUAACCUGCAAAACUUACAGCAGUUUCCUAAUCCACUUUUGCAGUGUAGGAUCUAAAGAACGCAGUAGUGCAGUAAUUUAAAUUGACAUAAAACUAGAAUAGAUAAAAUUGUAGUAGACAAAUAUUUGUUGUUAUGGUAUUAGUUGCGAGGUAGUGUUGAGGGGCUAGAAUUUUUGAGAGUUCUGCUGGUUUUGCUUUGUUUCAUUUAAUUAAUAAUUGUUUGUUACCUCCGUGGUAGACACUCUUUCAAGCUGGGUGUUGGUAUAAAA